AUGUCUCUACAAAGUUGGCUUGGUGGAGUAAGACUAGCUAGAACACCAAUUUCCCAUGUAAAGGUGAAUUUUAGCCCCGCGUUACGAAAUAAAAAUAUAGAACAUUCUUUAGGCCUUCGACAACAACAAAAUGAAUCCGACAUUGUGUCUAGAGACGAAUAUGUUCCCGCACGAUUUGAAGAAAUCAAGGAAUUAUCACUAAACACUCAAAAGGCUUUACGCCACGAAUUCAAGUAUACAUCUAUGUCAAAAGUUCAAGAUGCCGUACUAUCGCAGGCUCCGAUUGAGGGAGAUCUGUUUGUGAAGGCCAAGACAGGAACCGGUAAAACCUUGGCGUUUCUCAUACCCGCGGUAGAAACAAUGCUCCCGCAACAAAUCGCUAUUGAGGCUGAGAGGCUUACGCGUUUCCAUCGAUUUAAAGUUCAUUGCUUGGUAGGCGGUGAAAGAAGAGAUGCGCAGAUAAGGAAACUGAUGAAGUAUCGGGUCGACAUAGUUGUUGGCACCCCGGGACGAGUUGGGGAUUUAUUAGAAUCCAUAUCUCACUUUCGAAGGCAGUGCGGAGAGAUCAAAACUUUGAUUCUUGAUGAAGCAGACCAAUUAUUAGACAUGGGAUUCCGUGAGGAUAUAGAAAGAAUCAUCGAUUAUUAUCCAAAAGAUCGUCAGACUUUUCUAUUUUCCGCAACCGUUUCACCCGAGAUUCGUCAAAUUUCGAAAUUUGCGCUCAAACCGGACUACACCUUUAUUGACACCGUCGACCCGAAUGAUGUAAAUACGAAUCAUCAAAUCAAGCAAUUGUACUCCAUCACACCUUACGGUUAUCAACUGCCUGUCAUCAGAAAGAUUAUCAACGACCACAAGAAAAAUCACAGAAACAGUAAAAUAAUGAUGUUCCUGCCGACCAAAAUGUCAACGAUGCUUUACUCAGACUUAAUACGGAAUCUUGACGAGAUGGAGGUUUUUGAACUUCAUUCUGGAAAGAGUCAAGAAAUGCGUACAAAAAUAUCAAGUAGAUUCCGGAAUUCUAAACGAGAAUCCAUUCUCGUUACUUCGGAUGUUUCCGCACGUGGCGUGGACUACCCGGGAGUUACCAUGGUGCUUCAAGUGGGUGCACCCUCUUCGCGCGAACAGUACAUCCACCGCAUAGGGCGAACCGGCCGUGCUGGAAAGGAAGGAGAAGGUGUAUUACUUUUGGCGCCUUUUGAAAAAGGGUUCAUGAAUAGCAUUGAAGACCUACCUUUACAGCCAGUUGAGGGUAUUGAUAAUGACACGAGAGGGGAAGAUGAUCCGGAAAUCAGGAGAGCCGUUGAAAUGCUUGACGUCUCUGCGCUCAACAAUCAUUUCAUCCGAAAAGAUGAUCUAGUCGACUCGAUCCACGAUCUGGCUCAAUCUUUUGGUUCAGAAGUGCGAAUAAGUCCGUCGAUGAACGAAGUGGUGGCCGAGGCGGAAUGCGAGGAGGUUGGGGUGGACGUGGUUCCCAUAGAUAUGAAGAACGUGAACCUGGCCGUUUUAGAGAUAGACGAUCUCCUGAUCGAUCCAAUGACGAUGAUUCAUGGUCCCCCAGGAGAUUUAAUGAUUCAGAACGUUCAAACCGAUUCAGAAAUAGCGAUUCGGGUUUUCCACAUCGCGAACCCCGCGAUCGUUACAGGUAUUGAGCACAUUGGUCAAAAAUGA